AUGCCUGAGGUGAUGACUACGCCAGAUAGGGGAAGGAAACGUUCCAGAAGCCGUAAGAAUCACCUCGACACCCGGGAAGAAUGCAAAAAGACACUUGCGGUGCAUAUCAACAAUCAGCCAGGUCUCUCGAUCGAAUUAGACCAAGUCAGUCUCCACAAUCCUCAAAAACAUGGUUACUUCUGGGUCUUCCAGAACAAGUUCAUUGCGAGGCACUUCUCAAAGACACUUAGUAGCCUCAGUAUGUCUGCUUGUAGACAGCUGAGCCAGGAGGUUGGUUACACUUUCAAAGCCAUACCGACCUCAGCGGUUGUGCAAGGUCCAAAUUGCGACUAUGCACCUUAUUACCAAUCGCCCCAUAUAGCGCCUUCCACACCUAACGUGGAUAAUAACAUGACGCGUACGAAACUGGAAGGAAACAACCACUCAAUUGAAACCUUCAGCGACUCACUGUCAGGCGAACAGGAAGUCAAUAUCUUGAAAAUGCAGUUUGAGGAUCUAAACUCGCAGCACGAAUGCGCCAUUCGGCAGUUACAAGACUGUAGGAUACACUUGCAGGCGGCCAUUGAGCGGAAUGAAAGAUAUGAUUCGUUUAUCUUGAACGCGUUUUUGAAGAUGGAUGACAUGGAGAGGACAAUCCAAAGUCUUCGAGAGGGUUGGUUUAAUGCUUUGGAAGGGCCUAUGAAUGGAUACAGCACUGAGGAAUGUCAAGAUCACGACAGCUAA